UUUCCCAGAAUAGUUACUGAUACUGAAUUUUGAAUUAAAGUUCAAUUUAUAAUCUAUAAAUAACCCGUCUGACAUAAAUUAGUGGAUGCUAAAUCCUUAAUUAAUGUUUCAUAGAGCAGGGAAAACAUUUUAGUUUUCAGGUUUGCAACACUUGCUUUUGGUGAAAAAUAUCUAUUUUCACACAACAUCGUCUCCAGUUUUACCCAAAACAUGAAAAUAUUGCAGAGAUAAUGAUUUAAAUAUAUUCUAAAGCGAAAGCAGAAAUAGAAAAGAAACUCCUUGAACUCUUGGGAUUUAUUAUAUAACCAUGUAUGACCUUUACAACCAUUAAACACUACGAUCAAUGUUAUGUCAUAAGAAAUCUCUAUAAGUACCAUCUGCAGUUAUCAUUAUUAAUGCAACAUUAAUCAAAACUUGUAAUAGAAAACUUGCAGCGGAUGUAAACCUUGACUGUGUGGGACUUGCACAUGUGUUAUGACACUAUGAGACUUUCAAAAUGAAUAAUUUCUUUGUUUUUAAUUUUUUUUUUUUUACAUUUCUUGUCCAACUGUAAUACAUUCAUAUUUAUAUACGUAGCAUUCGUCCACUCUUACUAACCACAGUGCCUUUAAACUCCACCUGGAAUGGCCCUAGCCAGGAUUGAACCAGGAACCUUCUCUCUGUAAAAGUGAAAUAGGUAAUCAUUGGCAUCAAGGCACUCUUUGACCUCCGCUUGUCAUGUAGGUGAUAUAUUAUAACUCCUAUUCUGUCUUUGCACUAACCUGGUCAAAUGUGGCCCUUGAACUCUGUCACAACAGACAAGGCACACACAGUUUUGCAGUUUCAAGAUCCCCUAAAAUUCACAAUUUUCCUUGAUUUUACUAAUGGUAGUGAAUCUGAAAUACAUCUGGAUAGAUACACGUCAAAUUUGACCCCAAAUAGCCUCACUAUAUAUAAAAUUUGCAAAACCAUCAAACAGUAUUAAAUAUUUAUAACAGGGUAUUUUUUGCUGUUGUCAAAGUUUAAAAUGGUUCAAAUUUGACAACAUGCUGGAAGGUGAAUAGUAUUGUUGGUAGUCUAUGAUUUAGAGAUUGAUUUUAAGCUAUUUCUGACUAAAAUAUGAUUUAUAUGGGGCUUAUAUUGAAAAUGACACAGCUUAUUUAGGAGCCUAAGUAAUCUUUGUUGGGUGCACCUGUUCAACUGCUUGUUAUUACUUCUAGGCUCAACUACUGUCAUUCAGCAUUAUCAAGAUGUCCUAAAACUCUCUGAAAAGGCUUCAGCUGAUCCAAAAUGCUGCAGCAAGAGUACUGACAGGCUCCCUAUUACAUCCAGAAUUGAAUUUAAAAUCCUGACCCUCACAUUCAACGUCUUGAAUACUCAGCCCCCACUUUGUCUUAAAAACCUCACAGUACUGUAUCACCUCUACAGAGCACUCUGCUCUCAGACAUUGGGAGACAGGCACACUCUCUACUUUUAAGAUUAGGCUUAAAACUUUCCUUUUUUGACAAAGUUUAUAGUUAGGGCUGGAUCAGAUAACCCUCAGUCCUAAUGUAAACCUUCCCUUUGUGGGAAGGCUGCUGGGGGAUUCCCACAAUGCACUUUCAGUGUUUCUUCUUAAUUCACCUUUUUAUGUGUUUCUAAAUCACUCAGCAUUUAAUCAUGAGUCAUUAUUAAUAUCUAGUUCUCUUCCACAGCGUGUCUUUAUGCUGUCUUCCUACCCUCACUCCCACCUGGUUGUGGCAGAUAGCUGUCCCUCCCUGAGCCUGGUUCUGCUGGAGGUUUAUUCUUCCUAAAAUGAAGUUUUUCCUUUCCUCUCACCAAAGCCAUUACUCAUGGGUUCAUAUGAUUGUUGGGAUUUUCCUCUGUUUUCUCUGUAUAGUUGUAUAGUCUUUACCUUACAAUAUAAAGCGCUUUGAAGCAACAGUUGCUGUGAUUUGGCGAUAUAUAUAAUUGAAUUGAAUAAUGCAAAUAUCUGGCACCAACUUAGUGGACUGACACAUGUAGCCAUAGUCAAGACAACCUAGAGACUUUCAAAGGUAUGGUUGGGCUGAUCCACUGGUAGAUUAUGUGGGAAUUCUUAUGAGCAUAGCUGAUACAUUAAAUAAAGACACGAGUCUAUAUUUGGAAAAUAAAUGUGUGUCCCACUAACACAUGAUGAAACUAACUAAUGAGGUAUUGAUUUCCCCGAAGCCCAGCACACAGACAGUAACACAGCGUAGAACAGCUGCUUUAAAAGCUGAUUAUUUUUAAACUAAAGAUUAAAAAUCUAAAUCCGGAUUACAGGCAAUAAAUGUCUUCAUCACUCUGAUAUAACUGCAAUCAUCGAUCCCUGUCAGUGCUACUCAUCUUCAGAUGAGUCUGAUCCUCACUCGAUAAUUCAAAUCAAAACAAAGAAAACAUGCACGUAAAACUGCUCUUAUUUACUGCAAUAUAAUUUCCAAAAUAAGACAGUGUGCAUACAUGCAAUUAGUAAUAAAUCUAAAGCUUUAAUUACACAUAGAUUAAUAUUAAUGUCAAUAAAUGUGAAUAUGUUCACUGCUAGCAUCCAGCCCUGAGGUCAUUUUCCACUUAAUGUAAAAUCUAGUGACCAGUUAUCUAAUCAGCAGAGACAGUGAGGCAGACAGAGGGAGAGACGGGAAACACGCAGGAAUAUGUUUUCACUGAACUCAAAUGUGUGAAGUCGGUUCAAGGAAAGGUUUUAAUAAUUUCCAAAUUAAAAAAACAAGCAAACUACUGAAUCUGUGAAGCUGCCAAAUGGAUACAAGGAAGAAAGGUGGUGCCAUAGAAUUAAGGCUCAUGGUGGUUGGUAGCAGUGGACCUUCUCAGUUCCUACUAACCAAUUCCAUACUUGGGAGAGAGGUGUUUUCUAAGGAUGUCACCAGCCUUUCUGGCAGCAUAAAGAACAACGGUGAGCUGGCUGGUAGACGAGUGGCAGUGAUCAAUGGACCAAACAUCUAUGAUAAGGAUAUAUCUAAAGCCAAAAGGAAGAUGGAGCUAAGGAGGUCCAAGUGCUUAUCUAUACCUGGUCCCCAUGCCUUUCUUGUUGCCUUUGACAUGGAGAAAAUCUCCCCCAAUGAUGUGAGAACCUCCAGACUGAUGAGGGAACGCUUUGGAAGACACUGUCUGAGACACGCCAUGGUCCUCCUGGCAUAUGAAGGAAAUCAGGAUAGAACUGCCUUGGAAGACAGGGUGAAGAAGAGAGAUUGGCAUCUGCGAGAACUCAUCGAGAAGUACGGCGGACGCUUUCACCUUUUCAACAAGAACUGGAGAGAUCGAAGUCAGGACAGAGAGCUGUUGAAGAAGAUAGAGCUAAUGGUUGCCUCGUUAGGAGGGGGCUGCUUCUCCAGCAGAACUUUCCAGAAGGCAGAGGACUGUGUAAAGAAGGAGGAGAAUAAGCUUAGAAAGCAGCGAGCAGCAGAGAUAGAAAAGGCAUGGGCUGAGAUGGAAAAGCAAUACAUGGAAGAGGAGUUGUAUUUCCAGAAGGAUGCCUAUACGGCUAAUAUUGGCGCAGAGAUUAGAGCUCAAGCGGAGAUCGACAACAGCUGGCUCAGGAAGUCCCUAGCCAGAGGCCUGGGGACGGGUUUUGUUGUGGGGGCUGUGAUGGGUGCACUGGCUGGGUCUAUAGAGGGGCCAGGAGGGAUGGUUCUCUAUGGGAUCAUAGGUGGUGCAGUGGGUGGAUCAGCAGGGGGAACAGCACAGGUGGCAAUAAAGCAUAUGGACAACAGAAUGGCUCCGAAUGCAAGACUGAACUUCAACUCAAUCUUUAUCAACCGCUUCUUUGCAGCUCCUCGUACAUGACAUAGAGAACUGACUGGUGACCUGAUGAAAACAAGAAACUUACUCUUUGUAUCCAACUUCCGUUUAGGUAGCUUUCUGACUUACUUGAUAACAAAAUAGAUAGCCGUCUCAAGCCCUCUUUCAUCUGAAACACAUUGUAACUCUCUGUAUAGUAUGCCACUGUUUUGACAGAAAACUUGAAAGGUUUCUUGUGGCAUCAAUUCAAACUGUGACAGCCAGUUUAAACUAUAAAUGGGCCUAUUAUAAAUAAAUGAAGCUGUGAUUUUAGCACAUUUAUAGUAGAUUUGUGUGAACCCUUUACAUUUUAUUCAACCUCCACCUCUUCCUGGUGCCUUGCUGUGGAUUAGUUGAAGUGCAGCUCAAAUAACAUGUAGGGCGGAGUCUUAGCUGAACACGCCAUUGUCUAAAGCGCUGCCACUUUCCUAGACAAUCCGCAUACCUAAGUACACCUGUUCAGUGUGAACCAGUGAAGUUUCUGUGUAUUAUUAACUAAAAUCACAAGCCGUACAGACACCGCUCCUACCCAGAAAAGAUCAACUAAGUAAAGAUUAUGGCCUCUACUAUCUGCUUGCUCCCUGAGAAGCACUUCUUGUGCUUCCUGUGUAGGGACAUCUUUACCAGCCCUGUAACCAUACCAUGUGGACACAGCUUUUGCCUGUCCUGCCUGUCCAAAUACUGGACACGACAUCAGUCGAAAUACUGCCCUCACUGCAGGAGAUUGUUCACAGACAAGCCUGACCUCAGUGUCAACCACAUACUCGCAGACGUAUCUGAAAACUACAGGAAGUCUCGACCACAGAAACCACCAGAUGAGGAAACGGUUAUAGAUGUUAACCAAAUGAUUCAGGAAAGGGUGCAAAAGAUAGAAAGACUGAAAUACUCUCUCGGGCUACAAAAGAACUCUUACCUCAGAGAGGUGCGAGAGAGUCAGAAGAUCUUCUCUGCCCUUGUAAAUGCUAUGGAGAAGAGCCAUAAAGCAGUUGUUGCUGCAAUUGAGGAGAGGCAGAAAGAAGAGGAGAGCAGGGUAGAAACACUGGUCAAAGAGAUCGAACAGGAGAUUGAGGAGCUGAGGAAGGAGACCACAGAACCGGACCCUCAGAUCUCUGGUGAUCAGAGUGACGACGUGAAGCGACCUGCCAAGCCCUGUGAGAUGAAGGACUGGUCCAAGGUUACCAUAGAAACUGAUCCUUGUAUUGGGGUCACCAGAAGAGCACUGUCAGACGUGUUGGAACAAAUAAAGUUAGAAGUCAACAGACUCUCCAAAGCUGAACUUAAGAGAAUCGAGAAAUACUCAGUGGAUGUUAACCUAAGUGCUAAAACAGCCCACCCUUUCCUUUGGGUCUCAGAUGACAGAAAACAGGUGAGGCACACGGAUAAGCUUCAGGAAGUACCGGAGAACCCGAAGAGGUUUGACAGAGUGGGAAAUGUUCUGGCCAAAGAAAGCUUUGCUGGCGGGAGGUGCUACUGGGAAGUGGAGGUUGGGGAGAAGAUAGAAUGGACCCUAGGUGUUGCCAGACAGUCCGUAAACAGGAAAGGCAAGUUCACAGUGUGCCCUGCAAAUGGUUUCUGGACCUUAAGCCUGAAAGCUGGAGGCCAGUACAUUGCAAACACCUCUCCUGUCACCCAGUUGGCUCUAGACCAACGACCCAAGAAGUUUGGAGUGUUUCUGGAUUACAACGAAGGUCGCGUGUCCUUCUACUGCGCAGACUCUGGAGUCCACAUUCAGACCUUCACGGAUAAGUUCACAGAUCGGCUCCAUCCGUUCUUCAGUCCUGGUCGCAUGCAUGGAGGCAGAAAUGCAGCUCCUCUAGUCAUCUGCUCAAGUUUUUGCAGCAUCUAAACCUCAUUCCAGUUUAAAAAGAGUUAUUUGUUGGUUUUUGUUUUCUCGUUAAUAUUCAUCCAGCCUGAUUAAUGUCUUUAUUUAUUUACAAAGCUAUUGAACAAUGAGCCACAUUUUCCCUGUCAGAGCAGGCUACUGAACAAGAUGGUGCGAAAGGACUACGUCAGUACACUUGAAAACUUCAAUCAAACCCAUAAACAGACUGAAAAAAGAAAAAAGUGUGGCAGAA